AUGCCUAACAUUCUGCCAUCAUUACUGAUCGCAGGGGAUAUGAACUACUGUUUUGACAAUGCUAGUUAUCACCACUCUCACCGAGCAGGUAAACCGAAACAGUUUAUGGAAUUCUUGAACACCCAUUUCUCUGAUUGCCUCAACCCGAGAAAUGAACCUCAUGCAUACACCUUCAAGCGCGGAUCAACCAUGUCUACCUUGGAUUACAUGUUUGCUGGACAGGGUAUAGCUUCAAAGAUGAGCGAUGCCACCAACUCGUUCCUCCGUCCUGAAUGGACUGAUCAUGCUCUUGUGACCAAAACAUACACAACCGGAUUGACAAACUGUGGUAAAGGCAUUUGGCGUGCAAACCCUCACCUUGCCAAAAAUCCUAGGUACAGACAGAAGUUGGCUGAUGAAAUCGAGAGAUUCGUGGCGACCAAAUUGGACUACAAUCUUUCAGCUCAAGACAAAUGGGAUUUGAUCAAGCGGAAGACCAAGCAGGUUACUAUCAACUUUGCUAGACAUCAUGAUACUUGGAGAAAGGCCAGAAUCAAGGCGCUGCAAAGCGAGAGGAAUAACUUGCUGCGAUGCUACCGGAAUGACAUUGAGUGCUUGAAACUGCUGCUGCCGGAUGUGGAGGGAGAGCUAUCCAAGCUACAGCAGGAAAUUGUGGAGAUUCAGAUGUUGAAAGCAGGCCGCCGAUGGUUGGAGCAGAGUGAGAAGUCCCCAGGAUAUAUCAAACACACCAUUGACCAGCGUGUUGACCAACGGACAAUUGCAAUGUUGAAACAUCCUAGCACUGGAGAAGCUUGCCUAGACACGGAAACCAAACUCAAUGCUGCUGAAUCCUUCUACCAGGAUCUGUACACGGAGGAGCCAAUUGACAUGGAUUGCUUGAAUACCAUGCUCGGUCAUAUUGACCGUACGGUAUCACCGGAGGAUGCUACAAUGAUUAUGGAGCCAAUAGACUAUGAUGAUAUCUUGGACGGUGCCCGUCGAACCCCCAAACAGAGUAGCCCAGGACUGGACGGCAUUGGCUAUGAGAUACUUUACCUCCUUGUCUCUCACCCAAGCUGUCGUGAUAUUAUCCAUCAGGUAUUUAAUGACGCUGUUCGCUCGGCAAAGUUCCCCAAAUCUUGGCAGGCCUCAUGUAUCAUUAUCUUACACAAGAAAGGUGACAAGAGUGAUCUAGCUAACUACCGUCCCAUCACAUUGAUUGCAGCGGAUUGCAAGGUCUUUACUCGCAUCAUGAACUCUAGAGUUGUCCAAGUGGCUAACAGGAUUAUCACCCCUUAUCAAUGCGGUUUCUUGCCCGGCCGUUAUAUUGGGGAUCAUGGAAUGUCUCUCCAGGUGAUUAUGGAUAAUGCUCAGUCUGCUAGCUAG